GUUCUCAUUCAGAACAGUCAGAAUUCUCAAACGCAAAGAAACAAACUCUCAACCAGAAAAGAAAAAAAAAUAAAAAAUAAAAAACAGAGCAGUUCAAAAUGAGAACCCAACGCCCUCACCAUCUCUUCCUAUUAUCCAUCAUCUUCAUCGCAUCUACAUUCUCAUCAUCAACCGCUACCGGAGAACAACCUCCGACCACCGGCAACGACGGCGACGACACCGAAUUCAUCCGUUCAAGCUGCAACACAACACUCUACCCUGACAUAUGCUACACUUCCCUCUCUCGUUACGCCAAUGCAGUUCAACAGAAUCCCGGCCAACUCGCUCGUAUCGCCAUAGCCGUAAGCUUCUCCAAAGUCCACCGCACAGCCACCUACCUCUCCAACCUCACUCGCGUAGCCGAUUACGGCGGAAACUCCCGCGCCGCUCUUGCUCUCCAUGACUGCUUCUCCAACCUCAACGACGCCGUUGAUGAAAUCCGUGGCUCGAUUAAACAGAUGCGCCAGAUAGGAGCCGCCGGAGCUGGAGCAGAUUCGUUUCUUUUUCAGAUGAGUAACGUCCAGACGUGGAUGAGCGCGGCGCUUACCGAUGAAGAAACGUGUACGGACGGAUUUCAAGAUGUGGAGAAUUGUCCGAUGAAAACGGACGUUAACGAUCGUGUGACGAAAGUGAAGAAGUUCACGAGCAAUGCUUUGGCUCUGGUUAACGGUUACGCCAGUAAAGGAAUGCCGUAAGUUUGUAACCGUUGGAUUUGAUUAUAAUCUUUUCCAAUCUCAGAAUUGUUCAAUUAAAGAAUAGUUUUACUUUUAUUAUUACUGUGUAUGCAAAAGUGUAGUGUGUGUGAAUGCUGAAUGUAAAUUUUGGUUUUGGUUUUAGCCUUGUUGUUAACGAGAAAAAACAAAAGCAUGUGACUGGUUUCACAUGAGUUCUGUGCAAGAAAUCAAGAAUAGAGAGAGUUUAGAUAUAAAAAGAUAAAAGAAAUCAGCCACAAUUGUGAAGAUGUAAAAUAGUACUAGUAGUAAUGUAUUGUGUGAAGUUAAAGGCGCUUGAGUGAGUUUUUAUUUUAUUUUUAAUUGUGGUUAUUUAUUUAUGCUUUAAAGAUGAAGAACUAAAAAAUUACAUCAAUUGUUA